AUGAUAGCACUAAUAAUUCCUCCUCCUAGACUCUCCAUGAGAAUUCUGGAAAUCCUACUUGGCGAACACAACAUCCAAACGAACCUAGACACCCAAGCGACGGUGAGACGCCGCGUCAGCGCCUUCAUCAGGCACCCAGACUUUAACCCUACGACGCGAGAGAACAACUUGGCCUUGAUACACCUAGAUGUUCCUUUAAAUCUCUUUGUUGGCACUGCUAUUCAGCCCGUCUGUCUCCCUGACCCGACCGACCUGUUCGAGGAAGUUCGAGCCACCGUCACUGGAUGGGGAAGCCUCUUCACUCAACAAGCCCAGCCCUUCAUUCUGCAAAAACUGGAGAUGACAACCAUAAAAAGCUCAGACUGUGCCGCAGAAAUUUCAAGCAUCGUGACUGACAGAAUAAUCUGUGCCACCGCCGAGGAGAAGGGCCUGUGUCUGGGUGACAACGGAGGUCCUUUGGUGGCUCAAAUAGGUGACCAAUGGGUCCUUGUUGGGAUUGCAACCAUCAGCGGAACAUCAUGUCAUACUGGGCCCAUUACCUUCACCAGGAUAACCAGUGAGUGUUACAAUGACAUCGUUGGCCAGUUACUUAGGGCCCUUUCAUAUUAG